AUGACGGCUACGCACGGCGGCGGACGUGAAGAUGAUCGUCCGGACAAGGAUUCCGUGUACACGAUCAAGACAGGAUUCAAGAACGACGGCUACCAACACGACCGCGACUCGAACGAUGACAUUGUCAAACCCCCACCUCUACCGGCUGAAGACGACAACUACAUGUCCGGAAAAGUUACAUUAAGCGUUAACGAAAAAUGGAGAAUACUAAAGAACAUUGCAGCAGUCAGUGCAGCGUUUAUGAUCCAAUUCACCGCCUUCCAGGGAACUGCUAACUUGCAGUCCUCAAUAAACGCCGCUGAUGGCCUCGGAACAGUUUCACUCAGUUCGAUUUACGCGGCGCUCGUCGUCUCUUGUAUAUUUGUACCCACAUUCCUAAUUAAGAGGCUAACGGUCAAAUGGACCCUGUGUAUAUCUAUGAUGUGCUACGCCCCUUACAUCGGGGCGCAAUUCUACCCAGCGUUCUACACUCUCGUGCCAGCGGGUGUAGUGGUGGGCUUAGGAGCAGCGCCUAUGUGGACUUCGAAAGCCACAUACUUGACGCAAGCAGGAAGUGUCUACGCGAAGCUGACUGAUCAAGCCGUUGAUGGUAUUAUUGUCCGAUUCUUCGGCUUCUUCUUCCUGGCUUGGCAAACAGCUGAGCUUUGGGGCAAUUUGAUCUCCAGUUUAGUAUUUUCUUCGGGAGUCCACAACACCAGCUCGACAACCGAUAACACGAGCAAGACAGUUCUGACUUGCGGAGCUAACUUCUGCAUGAUUGGAGGUGGUCACCAUGACAACCAGAACCUGCACCGGCCGCCAGACAGCGAGAUAUAUGAGAUCAGUGCCAUAUACCUUGCCUGUGUCGUCGUUGCCGUACUUAUGGUGGCACUUCUAGUUGACCCCUUGUCAAGGUAUGGUGAAAAGCAAAGAAAGUCUGACCCCUCAAAGGAGCUGACAGGAAUCCAGCUGCUGUCUGCCACCGCUUACCAAUUGAAGAAACCAAACCAACAGUUGUUGAUCCCUAUUACAUUAUGGAUCGGAAUGGAACAGGCUUUCAUUGGGGCUGACUACACACAGGCAUACGUCUCCUGUGCGCUCGGCAUCCGUUCAAUUGGCUACGUCAUGAUCUGCUUCGGAGUAGUCAAUGCCAUCUGCUCCCUCGUCUUCGGUUCUGCCAUGAAGUACAUCGGCAGAUUCCCGAUACUUGUGAUGGGAGCUGCCCUCCACUUGGGUCUGAUCGUCUGGCUCCUGAUUUGGAAACCCAGCCCCGAGUCCCCAACGACUUUCUUCAUCAUUUCUGGUCUUUGGGGUGUUGGUGAUGCUGUAUGGCAGACUCAAAUCAACGGGCUAUACGGUGUUUUGUUUAGACGUAACAAAGAGGCUGCGUUUUCCAACUACCGUUUGUGGGAGUCUGCUGGAUUCGUCGUCGCAUAUGCGUACUCCACACACCUCUGCGCCAGAAUGAAGUUGUACGUCAUGAUGGUGAUGCUCCUCAUUGGAGUAGCUGGAUACAUCGUAGUUGAAAUACUGCACAAGAGAAAGGCUCGUCGUCUGAAAGCCAUCGCCGAAGACCCGGCCAUCGCCGCUGAGGCCGCUAAACAGCCACCAGAAGAAGACGAUGAGAAGGAUGAAAUUGAUGACGAAAUCAUCAUUACACAUCUGUAA